AUGAAGACAGAGACAAUUCCAGAAGGGCCCCCUGUGGGAAACUCGCCUGCUAUCCCGGGAGAAAGAGACCUAUGCUAUAGUAGCUUUCAUUCUCAGCAGGAGCAUAGAUCUAGUCUUGUCAACGACCUCAGGCUGGGCAUCGCCAGCAAACUCGACAACCAUUUCAGCUUGUUCCCUCAGGGUCAAUCGACCGACACCGACGCCGACGCCAACGACAACUGGGAUCCAGCAGACAUGGCGGACCCUUUCGAGGUUCGAAUGCGCUUCACGGCCCAACUUCAACAUCUCAACGCGUCCGUCACCUCAGCUCAGAAGGCCGCUCAAUAUGCCCUUAAAUACAAGGACAUGGAUGAGGACCUGCAUUCUUGCAUCCUCGAGCAGUUGGAACGGAACAAUAUGAAUACGCGCGCCAACAUCAUGUACUUCAUUGAGCAUUUCCUGGAGAUGGCCCAGAAGGAGAAGCACGUCGACUAUGUUCGCAUGAUGCAGCGCGACAUCAUCCGCAUCGUCGACGCCGUCGCCCCCGAUGACGGAUCUGGCGCCGCCAACGUCAAGGUCGUCAGAAGAGGCCUUCAGCAAAAGAACUUUCUUGAGGCGCGCACCGUCGUCGAGAUUGAGGAGGUACUCAAGGAGCGUGAGACCAGUGCCCACGACGCCGGUCUCUCAUCACCUGUCAACGGUGACGUCGACAUGGGCGACGCGCCGCCCAGCCACGCGCUCCCGUCUAACGGCCGGGCCCCGCGGCUGGAGAAGCGCCAGAUCGAGCAGCGCAUCGAAGAGGAUCGCGAGCGGCACAAACGCCUGCGCGAGAACAUCUGGGCCAUCGGAUCCCAUGAAACCGCCGAGAUCGACAAGAUCUGGGAGGAGACGAGCGACCUGGGUGACGAUGACCACAUCCUUGCGGAGGAGGAGUUUGCCGCAUGCACCCAGGCCAUGAACCACUCAUGCCCCCCCAAGCCACCUGCUGGUCCCGCCAGCACUCGUAUCCCGAAUGGGAAGAAACAUUGA